AUGGGCACUGCCUUUGCGCCUGGCGAGUGGGCCUCUGGCAGUGGCAUCGUGGAGGCGGCAGCGCCUGUCAUGUCCCUGCCCUUCGAUUUCGCCUGCGCCGCGCCGCCUCCCACACACCCCUCGGCCGCCGCCGCCGCAGAGGGCCCCGGCCUGGCGGCGCCGCUGAUGCUUUUCGCGCAGCCGGCUCCCUGUGCUGUGAGCAUCGAUGCGGGGCCGGCGGCGGCGGCGGCGGCUUGGCUGCACAGCAAUGCGGCCCAUGAGCUGCCGCCGGCUCCCGCAAAUGCAUAUGUCACCCAUGCAAUUGCCGUCAAGGACUGCGGCCCGGCCGCCUGGCAGAACGCGCCGGCGCCCGCCCCCCUCGCCCCGCCCGCGCUCUCGGAUUUCCACGGUGUCACCCACACGCGUCUCGCCGCCGCGGCGGACGCGGCGGCGGCGCUGAUGGCAGUGCAUGGCGCGGCGGAUGACCUCUUCACCAGCUGGGCGGGCGGCGGCGGCGCCAGCAGCGGCAUGGGCACCAACCAAGGCCUGGCCCCGCUGCCCCUGCCCGGAUGCGGCUGGCAGGCCGGCGCGCCCGCGGCAGCUUCCGCCGGCGCGCCCGCGGCGCCGCUGCCCGUCCUGUCCGUCGCACUUCUGGAUGUGGGGCGCCAGGGCAGCUGGAUCUGGCGCCCCGCCAGCUGCUGA